AUGAGAGGAGAAGACGGUGCUUUUAUGAUUCAAGAUCCAUCCCGAGAUCUGCUGAUACCGUUAGUGCAAAGUGAACGGUGCUGGGCAUUAGCGAACGAGUUAAAGGACGACAACUUGAUGGGCGGACCGAUGAACGCCGUGAAGAGAGCGCACGCAAAGAAACGCUUAAAGAAAGCAUGCGGACAUGCCAAAGAGUUUAAAGAUGCGUGUGCACACUAUGGAGAUGCAAAGUUAAAGUUAGAAAGCGAAGCGUAUUGCUCGUACAUGCUCGGCGUGGCGGAUCUCAACGAUACGAUGAAGGAAAAUUGUGGCGCGGUUGCGGUGAGGGAGUUAACGCGAGCCAAGAAGAUUUACGAGUUGCUCGGCAAAGUAGGACCGACGGAGCACAAGAUGAACUGCGAAGGACGUGCGAGAGAAGUGGCGCUGAUGGUAUCUACGGGAAUGAGACAAGCAAAGGAUGUUAUUGAUGUGAAGAAGGAAGUAGCUGAGGUGGAGAGAGAGGUGGAGAACUCGACGAACAUAAGGGAAGCGACGGAAUUUUUGAAACUGAGCGAUCCUCUUCUCACUGGAGGUGACACCGCGUUAGCUACUCACAUACAGUGGAGAGGUAAACAAUUCAAAGUAUACGGUGAAUAUGGCAUGCGAACGUACGGAGCUGUUCAUAAAAUACUCAAUCGAUUGAAGAACGAAGCGAGCACACUUUCUGUGGACAAAACGUUGACGUUGUACAAGAAACUUUUCGUGCACAUUGAAGAGACGAAAAAGCACUUAUCUAAAGCUUGUCGUGACGCGGAAAGUAUGUCAUUUGGCUCUGAAUACGACGAAGAAGAUUUGGCGCAACUUCGCUUAUCGACCCAAGCCUUAGACGUGUUAGUAUUGGAGAAGGAAAUUGCAAGAGACCUAUUUUUAGCGGAGCAAUUAGGCGCGAAACUAUUCGAUAAAUCGGCCACGAUGAAGCACAAAUCAGAUCGAAAUCUGAAAUUCGAGCACUUGGUUCGCGUGUAUGAUGCUUUAAUCGCGAGUAAUUACAUCUUAGCGGACGCUGCUAUGGAAAUCAUUCGAGGCGCGGAUGCAGACGCAGUCAUCGAAAAGCUCGAAUCCGAUAUCGACGACGAUAUUGAAAAGUACAAGAAAUCGAGAGAAGAAGCGUUGCAGGGGGCAUUGACGGAGCCGAACGAUCCAAUCGCAUCAAAGGUGAAAACAAUGAAGGUAUCUUCAACGGGAGGAAUGCCGAGAGUUGUUUUGGAAGGGAAAAAUAUCGCGGAAUUCGUUUACAACCGAGGUGAACCUUCUGUUCAGUUUGAACAAGCACGGGCCCAGCAUGCUAAAGCGACGGGAAUUCCAACUCCCGUAUCACCAAUUCCUUCACCAAGAGCGAAAGCGAAAAAGAAUCAAAAUGAAUCGGACUCGGAAGGAUUCCAUUCUGCGGACGAAGAAGAGUCGGAUUACGAAUCGUCUGAAUAUUCCGGAAGUAGCGAUUAUGAGAGUAGCGAUUAUGAAGACGCCGGUCCUGGAUAUAUAUCUUCCGCGGCUGGUGCGUUGGGUAAAUUAUUUUCUCGAGGAUAG